AUGGCCUACUCCCCCUCUCCUCACCCAGGAGCAGGGCCAAGCUUAGCAUUAAGCACUGUCAUUGCAAGGUCAAGACUCCAUCAACGCUCUGCUACACCUCCUCCACAGCAGUCUCUGAAUAAACGAGACAAGAAGCGGAUGGCCAUGGCUGAGCGCUUAAGCGAAAUCAGUAACAACUUCGCCGAGAAUCGUGAUGCUUUCUUCCGAGAGCGGUUGCGAGGAUACCAAGCAGAUAUAAACUUCAUCAACAAUGCCCAAUUGUACAACAACAAGCCUUUAGAUGAUGCUCCACUGGAACAACCAGCAGAGCAUGAUUUUGCAGUAGCCUCCCAGUCGCAGGCAAGUCUCAAUCGAAAAAACCAACCGCUAGCUCAGCUUGGUAAGCAUGCCGCCAGCUUCGUUCACGAAGUGAACGCAGCUCUAGAGGAAAAGGAUACCAAGCUGGUUGAGACCGCAAACAAUUUCAACUUUACCAUUGAACACCUGCAGAAAGACUACCAAUUUGCGGUCGCUGUUGCAGAGGCAGAGCAUAGACGGCUGAUGGACGUUCUACGCCAACGGCUUGUCGCAAGCGUUCAGGCGAAGAAGGCAGCAUUGCAACGAGACAAAGAGAAGCUGGACAUAGCCGACACCAAUGCGCUCCUCUACCAUCCAAAUCAAUUCAGUAUCAACAAUGCUGCUAGUCCAGGUGGUCCACAAGGGAAUCGAAAGACGCGACAUACCCGACAUCGCCUUGAAAUCGAUGAUCUGGACUUGGCGAAUGCGAUCAACGGAAAGAGGAAAAGGAAGGCUCCUGUAGAUGGCGAGAUUGGCUCUCCUCUACGCGAGUCUGACCUUGUCAAUGGAAAUAAGGCGCAUGAGUUCGGCCAAGAGGAUCAGCCUCCACCUAUGAGCCUACACACCAUCGACCGCCUGUUCACCGAUAAAGAGAUGAUCACACACGUUCAAGCUGCACAUUUCGAAGUCCUCGAACAAUGGCAAGCUUCUAAACGCCGAAAACAUGGCGACAACUCUGCGGCCCUAGACUAUGAGAGUGAAUCCGACACCAACAAGACACCACCGCCGAACUUAGGCGGCGACGGUACCACAGAUGACAAGUUCUUGGAAGCUCCGAGUAUGGAGCGUACAGCCACAAACCAGUCAUAUGCGACCCGAUCAAUGCGAACCCACAAUCUCAUCAAUGGAGCGUCUCGGGAGACUCUUGGAGAACUUGCCGGGCGCGAGAGAGCAGCUGAGCUACUGGGCACGUAUGUGAAGGAGAAGAAGAAAGAUGAUGAGUACAUGCGCACCUCGAGCUUGACGAAUGAAGAGAUGGAACAAGAUGCAGCCUUGUAUGCGCGGGCGAUGAAGGCGGAGGAUCGGAAGAGGCCGAGCGAUGCAGCCUUGCACGCGCGGGGGAUGAAGGCGGAGGCUCAGAGGAGGCCGAGCGAUGCCAGCUUGUUGGAUGAAGUUGCUGGGGAGAGGCCGGAUCAUGUGAAGUUUCCGAAGAUUAAUGGGGGUGAGAUAUGA